AUGUCUCCACCAACUAAAAAUCGAUCUAUCCUGAUUACUGGAUGCUCCCAAGGCGGGGCAGGAAAUGCCUUGGCAUUGGAAUUUGCGGCCCAGGGUCUGAGAGUAUUUGCAACUGCUCGUUCCCUCGAGUCGAUGAGCAACCUUUCGCAGAGUGGAAUUGAGACCCUCGUUUUGGAUGUUACCGUUCCAGAAAGCAUUCUAGCGUUGAAAGACGACAUUACCAAACGCACCGGCGGGACUCUCGACAUCUUAUACAACAAUGCUGGCUCCAGUAAGUUUUCUUAUUAUAAACCUGAAUCCUUCCUGCGUUCGGCCUUUCGCGGUUUGCUAAAUUCGGACCCAGUGUACGAGGCCCCCGCCAUAGAGGCCGAUCCCACGAAAGUGAAGAAAAUGUUCGACACAAAUGUAUUCGGUCUAUUCGAUAUAGUGACAGCUUUCACCCCUCUCCUGAUCGCUGCUAAGGCCCGCAAUCCGAAUUCAAAACCAACAAUCGUCAACGUUGCUUCGAUACUGGCCCGGCUUCCGUUUCCCUUUGCGUCUGCAUAUAAUGCGACAAAGGCCGCAGUAUCCGCUUACUCUGAUACAUUGCGGCUUGAAAUGGACCCUCUUGGCAUUCGAGUCGUCACAUUUUUUAUGGGCGAAGUCUCUACCAAGCUUCGAUCGGCAGACGGUAUCAACUUCAGACCGGACAGUUUGUAUGCCGACGCCGAGGUUAAGGUUAAGGAGAGGACCGAGCAAAGCGCGAAAGCCUCUAUCACACCAGCCGCUUUGGCUAAGCAGGUUGUCCCUGACGUUCUCGGAACAAAGGAAGUCAGCUAUAUUUGGAAAGGGACAAAUGCCUUCAUUGUUUGGUUGCUCAAUGCCAUAGGGCCUCGAAAGGUUUUCGAUUCGACUGUGAUGGGGCCGGUGGGCUUUAGCGAUAAGAAUCAGGUGAAACGGAUCUUUGAACGUGGACAGAGGAUGUUUGCGUAG